AUGAUAGAUUGUGUCAUCAGGAAAUUCGUCAUCAGGGAACCGAAAUGCGGCUUGUCGACCAUCGGGAAUUGGUUGCUCACUCACCAACGAAGGCGAAUUAAACGCGGCGGGUUCAUCCCUGCAUGGUGGUUAUCCAGCUGGAAGAAAAAUUUCGAACCGAAGCGAGGUCCCCGUGAUUGUGUUCCUGGUACAUGGAAAGCGGACCACCCAAUGGCAGCGAUGGUGUGGCAGCUUUCUGAUCCUGCUGCUGAGAUCCGAGGACCUUCAGGCUGGAGCAGUAAGCGGCAGUUCACCAGCUGGAAGGAAAAUUUCGGAUCGAAGCGAGGUCCCCGGUACAUGCAAAGCGUACCACCCGAUGGCAGCUAUGGCGGAAGCUGCCAGUUCUUCGGAAAAGCAGAAAAGCGGCAGAAACCAAGAAGUAUCGUAUAUCUCUCGUCGUUGCUGUUGCAGGCGAUGAAGGUGGAAGAAGACAAACAUCGGCAACUUACCUACCGCACAACAUCACAACAACACAACACAACCUUGACAGCGAAAUUCGAAGAAGCCGCCGAAAAGACGCAAACAAUGGACGACAACAACGACGAGUCAAGGAACCUAGAAAACAAAGUCACACACUCUUAA